AUUGUUCGGCCAUCGGGAAACUGCCGGGCCGCUAGUUUGUCAUCGAUCCCCGCAUUCAUCACAUCUCCGCGGAGGACAGGGAGAUGGAGCCUAUGCCAGCUCCGUUAGGGAACAGUCAUAAUUGAGGGAUUCCAUUACUUGGCAAAAUAUGAAGGAAUUUAAGUAAUGAACUAUUGAUUAGCUGACUACCAACUGGCGUGUGUUCAUGGCAGGCACGAGCAAAAUGCGCCACAUCAUCCAUUCGAUCGAGUUCGGAAACCAGCUCUCGGCAGCAUAUCCUUGGACUUCAAAGCCUCUGCUAGUUGCAGCUCCGAUGCGUGUUAUUUCGGGCCCUCAACUUGCAGUAGCCGUCUCCAGGUCCGGCGGUCUUGGUUUCAUCGGACCUGGCGAGAAGCCGCAGACGACAGCUGUUGACCUUGAAUCGGCCAAAGAUAUGCUGUCUCACUCGCCCAUCUCGCAGCCCGCUUCCAACAGUUCUAGCCUCGACCAGAGCAGCUCUCUCCUUCCAAUUGGCGUCGGGUUUCAGUUAUGGAACGGCGACAUUAAUGUGGCCGCUUCCACUGUGUCACGGUACAGACCGGCUGCGGCAUGGCUCUUCGCACCUCGCCACGGGCAGGCCGAAGUCGACAAUUGGGCAGUGCGUCUUCGUGAAGCCUGCCCAGGGACAAAGAUUUGGCUUCAGGUCGGCACGUUCAACGAGGCGGUCGAGGCGGCAGCAAGCGACACGGCAUCUCGGCCUGACGUAUUGGUUGUGCAGGGUACUGAGGCAGGCGGACACGGGCGUGCUUCGGAUGGAAUGGGAUUCAUCACGUUACUGCCUGAGAUCUCGGAUGCUACACGAGGUUCGGGAAUCCCAUUGUUUGCAGCCGGCGGCAUUGCGGACGGACGUGGAGCGGCUGCUGCGCUUGCGAUUGGGGCCGCUGGUGUUGUCAUGGGCACACGUUUCCUCGCUUCGCAAGAGGCUCGCGUCAACAAGGACUACCAGAACGAGGUUAUUCGGGCAGCAGAUGGCGCCAGUACCACGGUACGGACUCAGCUUUAUAACCAUCUUCGCGGAACGUUUGGCUGGCCUGAGCAGUUCAGCCCACGCACCAUCAUCAACAAGAGUUGGGUUGAACAACAAGCUGGGGCCGGAUUCGAAGAUCUCAAAAAGAGCCACGAUCUAGCAGUCAAGGAAGGAAGAGGCUGGGGCCCCGAAGGCCGGACAGCGACAUAUGCUGGCGCGGGUGUGGGUCUCGUAAGGGUCGUUGACGGUGCGGGUGCAAUUGUGGAGAAGACGAGGAGUGAAGCCGUAGAAAUCAUUCGAAGACUACAGGAGCUUGGAAGGGAUUGAUUGACGUGAUAUCCAGAGAGUGGAGAAAGGGGAAAGAAAAAGCAAGGUAGAGAAGCAAUCUGUAGCCUUGAGCUUAUAUUUACAGCUUUGCCCUCCCUG